AUGAUAUCCCAAUCGGGAUAUAUAUCCCGAUUGGGAGUUGCACGGAAAAAAUUGUACGGAGCUCGUUAUCAAUGGUUAUUAUUGGGAUUUCACGAUGAUUUAAAUUGGUGGAAAUCAAAUAGUACAAAAUGUUCGAUAGACGAAUUAGUUCGAGCACUUAAUGGUACAUUUCAUACCCGUAUACCAGAAAUGUCCAUCGAAGAUAAAUCAAACACUGAUAUGAAAAUUUCCGCUACAUAUUUAUCUGAUUAUAUUUCUCAAUAUAAAAAAAAGAUUAAUUCAUCUGGUUUUUUUCACGCAUAUGCAUAUGAUGGUUUAUGGAGUGUAGCCUUAGCAUUUCAACAGUUGUUAAAUACAAAAGAUGAAAAUCAUUAUAAUUUAACUUCAAAAUUUUUCAGUCACGGAUGGACAUCACUAUUCAAAGCGGCUGUAGAAAAACUAGACUUUUAUGGUGUAACGGGUAGAGUUCGAUAUUCUGAUGGCGAACGUGUAGGUGAAAUUCUUGUCGAGCAAUAUGUUGCUUGCCGAAUAACAAAUGAAUUAUGUGAAAUACCAUGUUAUGAAGGAGACGAAUGCAGUUUGAAAUUAGUAAAAAUAUUUCUUGCUGAAGACGAUGAAUUGUUAGAUUUGGAUCCGGUUAUGUGGCAUGUAAAUUUACUUGAACAAGGUCCACAAGUACUAUCCUCAUUACUUAACUCACGUACAUUCCACUAUCGAGAUCAAACAAUCCUACUAGGUUCCUACCAGAUCCUAUAG